AUGGACCAUGACAGCAGCGCCGACGAGACCACCGGCAUCAUGAUGGGCGGCCGGGGCGGCCGGGGCGGCCGGGCCCGCCACGUCAACUACUCGAGCACCCUGCAGGACCAUGCCGGCCCCCGGGCUAGGCGCACGCCGACCAAUGUGAGCCGCAACAACAGCGGCCUCUCGCCGGUGCUGCCGCCGCCGGCCGUGGGGACGCCCGGCGCCGAUGAUGGUGCUGCUGCUGCUGCUGCCGCCGUCAAUGGUGGCGCGGACCGGCGCGACGGCGCGGACGUGGCGAGCCAGGGCCUGUGGCAGCGGAUAUGGGCCAAUUUCCAGUCCAUCGAGCUGGAGAACAAGGGCAGCGUCGCGAGGGACCAUCUGGCACUAGAACGGACAUUCCUGGCCUGGCUCCGGACGUCCCUGGCCUUCGCCUCCAUCGGCGUCGCCAUCACGCAGCUCUUCCGGCUCAACACGUCCUUCGCCGGCGGCAGCCCGGCCUCGGGCGGCCGCGACACGCUGCGCCAGGUCGGCAAGCCCCUCGGCGUGACCUUCCUGGCCAUCAGCAUCCUGAUGCUGUUCCUCGGCUACCGGCGCUACUUCACGAGCCAGAAGUGGAUCAUGAAGGGCAAGUUCCCCGCCAGCAGGGGCACCGUCAUCCUCGUGACCCUCGUGGCGUUUGCCCUCAUGGUCUCGUCCUUGAUCGUGGUCGUUGUCGUGCAGCCUCACUCGGUGGAGAGCUGA